CCAACUUGAUCCUUAUCACUUCAGCUCUUCAACGAUCACUAAACCGAACCGGACUCAACUAUUCUCUACACGCUACAAUAGCCAUCCAUAUUCCAUGCCAAAAAGUUCGAGUUGGGCAGCUUAAUAGCUUUUCAAAUUUUUGACACGACUCUUUGCAGAACUUUACUCGGGUGAGAAGAGGAACCGAACUGGGAAAGUCAUAGGUUGGAGUAUUGGAGUCAGCGUUAUGAUUAUUCUGAGUGUUAUCGUGUUUUUCUUUUGGAAGAGGAGAGAGAAGCAAGCAAAAGCAGAUGCAAUACCUAAUGUGGGUAACCGAGUUCUAAUGAACGAGGUGGUGAUACCAAGAAAGAAGAGGAAUUUGACUGGAGAAGACGAAGUAGAAGAAUUGGAACUUCCGUUGAUAGAGUUUGAAGCUGUUGUCACAGCCACCGAACAUUUCUCUGAUUGUAAAAAGAUCGGAGAAGGUGGGUUUGGUAUUGUUUACAAGGGAAGGUUAGUUGACGGGCAAGAAGUUGCGGUGAAGAGACUAUCAGAAAUGUCAGCUCAAGGCACCCAUGAGUUCAUGAACGAAGUUAGGCUAAUUGCAAAGCUUCAGCAUAAAAAUCUUGUCCAACUUCUUGGCUGUUGCGUUUAUGAGGGCGAGAAGAUCUUAAUCUACGAGUACUUGGAGAAUCUAAGCCUCGAUUCUCAUCUCUUUGAUGAAACCAGAAGCUGUAUGUUAAAUUGGCAAAUGAGAUUUGAUAUUAUCAACGGUAUUGCCCGAGGGCUUCUGUAUCUUCACCAAGAUUCACGCUUUAGAAUCAUCCAUAGGGAUUUGAAAGCAAGCAAUGUCUUACUUGAUAAAAAUAUGACUCCAAAGAUCUCGGAUUUCGGGAUGGCAAGGAUAUUUGGAGGGGAUGAGACGGAAGCUAACACGAGGAAGGUGGUCGGAACUUAUGGCUACAUGUCUCCAGAAUAUGCGAUGAACGGGACAUUCUCAAUGAAGUCAGAUGUGUUCAGUUUUGGGGUCUUGCUUCUUGAAAUUAUAAGUGGCAAGAGGAAUAAAGGCUUCUGCGACUCGGAUAGUAACCUUAAUCUUCUCGGAUGUGUGUGGAGGAAGUGGAAAGAAGGUCAAGGUCUAGAGAUAGUAGACAGGGUCAUAAUAGAUUCUUCAUCACCAACGUUCAGGCCACGUGAAAUCUUAAGAUGCAUGCAGAUUGGCCUCGUGUGUGUUCAAGAACGUGUAGAGGAUAGACCAAUGAUGUCAUCACUAAUUUUGAUGCUUGGUAGUGAAGCUGCAUUGAUUCCUCAACCUAAACAUCCAGGUUAUUGCGUCAGCGGAAGUUCUUAUUCUAGUUGGAGCAAACGGCCUGACGAUGAAUUUUGCACAGUGAACCAAAUCACCAUGUCGAUCAUUGACGCUCGGUAAUAUGAUAGCUGUGAUAAUAUUCUCAUUAUUAAAGUCUUACUAAAUGGAAAAAAAUAUGAGUUUUACCAAGUUAAGUGACAAUGCGUGCGAAACUCUAGUCUCUAUCGAAAUUUUCACUCAACUUCUUAUAUUUACUCGAUCUGGUGUCGUUAUUUCGAGUCAACUCACCUUCAGCAACUGCAGCAACCAUCUCACCACAGGCAAUUCAAAGACAACCAUAGAUCACACAUACCCAAACAGUUGUGAAUAUCUCUACCUAUUUUACAUACUACAUAGUUCGUACUCUGUUUUUGUAAGCUCAAGAGCUCG